CGAUACAGACCGGCCCACGCCGCAAGCAACACCUUCGACAUCACCCACAACAACGACAAUGUCUUCCGACUAUGAUUACUCAGACGAUGAGGAUGCUUUCUAUGAUGAGGACAUGAUCAGUACAGGUGACGAUGGUUCAGCACCCAGUGAUGAUGACAUGGACAUGGAGUUCGCGGACGACUUUAAAGUACCUCAACAUUCACCUCGCAAGGCGUAUGAAAUCGAACAUGAGUCACUUUCCCAGCAAGCAGUUGAGAAGCUCGCGGCUGCUGAUGUGGAUCACAUAUCGAGCAUAUUCGGCGUUGAUGAAAGUGCAGCUUCCUUAUUACUGCGUAACAUGAAUUGGAAUAAGGAGCGCCUCAUCGAGAAGUACAUGGACAAUGCAUCCUCCGUUUCUGUCGCAGCUGGUGUAUCAACUCCUUCCCGCGCCUCUCCCUCUGUAACGGGUCCUGCACCCAUCCGCUCUUCAGGCAGCCGUCGCAGAACAACUCGUCUGACACCAGUUCCCAAAGCCGAACCUUGGGUUUGCCCCAUUUGUUUCGAUGACACUCAGACAUCAUUCCUCUCACUUUCGUGCGACCAUUCCUUCUGUGCAGGCUGCUGGACAGCAUAUAUAACCUCUAAGAUCCGCGAGGAGGGCGAGCAUGCUAUCCGUUGCAUGGCUGAGGGUUGUUCACUUGUUGCUCCUGACCCCUUUAUUAUGUCUACUUUAGAAAAAUAUGGUGAGGAUGAAGAUGGGCGGACUCGCGAGCGAUUCCAGGAAUUGCUCGUCCGGCACUUUGUCGGUGCCAACCCGCACCUGAAAUAUUGUCCUUACCCAUCGUGCACUUACACCGUCUCGUGCCCUUCUGCUUCCUCUCGUUCAUCCCUCACAACUAUGGUUCCAACCGUCAGUUGUGGUGCAAAUCAUAAGUUCUGCUUUGGGUGCUCUAUCGACAGUGACCAUCGCCCAGUCAUUUGUCCCGUCGCCAAGAUGUGGUUGAAAAAAUGUAGGGAUGAUAGUGAAACUGCAAAUUGGAUCAAGAGUAACACAAAGGAGUGUAGUAAGUGCCAGAGUACUAUAGAGAAAAAUGGUGGUUGCAACCACAUGACUUGCAAGAAAUGCAAGUAUGAAUUCUGCUGGGUGUGCAUGGGCCCCUGGUCUGAACAUGGCACAGCGUGGUACUCGUGCAACCGCUACGAUGAGAAGGCUGGUGUGGACGCCCGUGAUGCGCAGUCCAGGUCCCGUGCUUCCCUGGAGCGCUAUCUCCACUACUAUAACCGGUGGGCGAAUCACGAGCAGUCCGCAAAACUAUCUGUCGAGAUGUACAACAAGACCGAGAAGAAGAUGGAGGAGAUGCAGAUAACGUCCUCGCUCACUUGGAUUGAGGUGCAAUUCAUGAAGCGUGCUGUAGAAGAGGCAGAACGAUGCCGCGCAACGCUAAAGUGGACGUACGCAAUGGCGUUUUAUCUGGACAAGGGAAAUGAGAAAGAACUGUUCGAAGAUAAUCAGAGGGAUUUGGAAAAAGCGGUUGAGGACUUAUCAGAGCUGCUUGAGUCACCGAUUGAUCCAGAAGCAAUCUCGACUCUGCGACAGAAGGUGACUGAUAAGACGGUCUAUGUCGCGAAGCGCAACGAGAUAUUACUGGAGGAUACUUCAAACGGUUUUGCGGAAGGGCGCUGGAAGUGGAAUAUUGCGGUGGAGGGUUUUGAGUAGAUGCCAGUCAUUCUUCCCUGAGACUGAGAUUGCUCACUACAAUUUGCGUCACGCAUCCGCCUCUUCAACGUAGCACAGUUUCAUUAUCCCCUUCCACACUUACUCUACCUAUAAGAUAUCCAGCAUCGUAAAAUCAUUGUAUUUCUUGGACAUUAUCCGAAGCACACAGCGUAAUCUUAGGAAUUAAAGUGUUGCUAAGAUCUA